AAGACGCACACACCAGGACCUAGACAGUGCUGAGGUCUGUAAGAGGGGACCCAGAGACUUCAGCUGACUUCACUGGGAAGAAGGAAGACGUCCACUCAGUAGGAGACAAACAAGGCUGAAGGUCAGGGCACUGUGAGGGGCAAGCUUGGAGAAGGAGAUACUUCAGUCUUUUCUCCUGUGCUCUGUUCCAGAGCCAUGACACGAAAGAGCCUGACACUGGGCUGGGUGACUGCCAUCUUGCUGCUACAGAUGACCACCGCAAAACGCCCCAGGUGGACUCUGAAUGGCAAGCCCCAGGUAUUCUCGGACCUGAGUGUUUAUGAGAUCAAGAUUGUGCAGGACUUCCUGAUGAACAGAAAGGAGCUGCAGCUGCAGCCAGCCAAGACACCAACUUUGGGCAAGAACUCAGUAUACCUCAUAGAAAUGCUGCUGCCGGAUAAGGAGGAUGUGCUGGAUUUUCUGGACAAAGGAAAAAGGAUUCCUGUGCGGGAAGCCCGUGUUGUCAUCUUCUUUGGUGCUCAGGAGCACCCUAAAGUCACUGAGUUUGCUGUAGGGCCCCUGCCAUCGCCAAUCUACAUGCGAGAAAUAUCUCCUGGGCCUGGGCACAGUCCAUCCUGGGCAUCUAGACCCAUUUCCAAAGCAGAGUACAGUCUUAUCUACCAUAUCCUGAAGGAGGCCACGAAGCCUCUGCGUCAGUUCUUCCUUGACACCACUGACUACUCACUCGAAGAUGAGCACGGUCUGACCUUCACAUACAUGGUCCCCCAUGGCACAAAGUCUGACCAGCGCUGCAGCUGGUUCAUAUUGCAACGAUAUAUGGCAAGCCAAGUCCUGCAGCCCACAGGUCUGGAGAUCCUUCUGGAUCAUGGGAGCACAGAUGUCCAGCACUGGAAAGUGAAGCAGCUCUGGUAUAACGGCAAGUUCUACAACAGCCCAGAGGAAUUGGCUCAGAAAUAUGCAGACGGAGAAGUGAGUAUAAUGGUCCUUAUGGAGUCAGUUGACAAGGACACAGAGCAGCCCCUAGUCUUCUCUUCCUUCAAUACCCCAGAGGAAUUCCCCACUACCAUCAGCAUGGCUAGACCCAGAGCGUCUGAGCCCCAUGUUCCUGGCUAUAACGUAGAGGACAACACGGUGUUCUACAGAGACUGGAUCUUCUCCUUCCGGCUAAGACCCUCCUCUGGCCUGCAGAUCCUGAACGUGCACUUCCAGGGUGUGCGUAUUGCAUAUGAAGUCAGUGUACAAGAGGCUGUGGCACAGUUUGGAGGACAUAUAUCUGCAGGCACUCAGACCAAGUACAUGGAUGUGGGAUGGGGCCCUGGCAAUGUCACUCGUCAGUUAGCCGCUGGCAUUGAUUGUCCGGACACAGCCACCUUCCUGGAAGUCAUUCACCACUACGACACCGACGAACCAGUCUCCUAUCCACAAGCUCUCUGUCUCUUUGAGAUGCCAGCAGAAAUGCCAUUUAGGUACCACUUUAACUCGAACUUUAGAAAAGGCUUCAACUCCAGUGCUGGGACAAAUGGACACAUGCUGGUGGUACGGACAAUCUCAACAGUCCACCACUAUGACUACAUUUGGGACUUCGUUUUCUACCCUAAUGGGGCAAUGAAGGCAAAUAUACAAGCCACUGGCUUGGUCCAUGCCACCUUCUACCAGCCCGAGGAGUUGCGCUACGUCUCUCAAUCACACACCCAUGUAUUCAGCAACAUCCACACCCACCUAGUACAUUACCGUGUUGACCUGGAUGUAGCAGGCAUCAAGAACAGUUUCCAGACACUGCACAUCGUUGGGGAAAACAUCACCAACUCUAAGGACCUAAGCCAUCAUGUACUUGGAAAUACCCUAAAGCAAACAAAUUACACCCAGGAGCACCAAGCGGCCUUCCACUUUGGAAAACCGCUUCCCAACUACCUAAUCUUUAGCAACCUCCAUAUGACCCAUUUGGGCCACAGGAGCAGGUACCGCCUGCAGAUCUACUCCAAAAUUCAUCAGGUGCGACUUCCAGACUGGGAGAAGAAGCGAGGCGUCUCCUGGACCAAGUACCCCUUGGCUGUGACUGAGUACCAGGAUUCUGAGAAGUGCAGCAGCAGCAUCUACAGCCAAAAUAAUCCUUGGAAUCCCCCCAUGGUCUUCGAGGAUUUUAUUCAGAAUGAUACAAACAUUGAAGAUAAGGAUUUGGUGGCCUGGGUCACAGUGGGCUUCCGCAACAUCCCCCAUUCUGAGGACAGUGCCAACAUGACCACACCUAAGAGCUCUGUGGGCUUUGUGCUCCGGCCCUUCAACCUCCGAGGCUUCUAGAGACAUAACUACAAUGACAUCAGGCACUGUAUCCCUGGAGAUAAAGCUUGUCUGAUGCUCCCUCCUUUCAAACACAAUAGGACCUACAACCCUGUGUGAAGAACCCUGCCCCAGCUCCUGCCUAAAAGCCCCAGAUCGGCACAAGAGUAGACAAUAAACCCUUCCACUUCCACUCU